AUGUGCGAGACAGCCACGCCUGCCAUCCCGUGCGGCGAGGGGCCCCGUCUGAUCACUCCCCUUGCCGACCUCUGCCUCGAGUCUGUGGCUGCAAACUUUGAGCGGCGCAGGUGCCUGGACGCCCUGCCGCCGCAGUACGUGUCCCGCGGCCUGGCCCUGCUCCCGCUGGACCUGCCGCUGGAGGUGGCGGGAUCCCUGGGCGUGCCGGACGACGAGGUGUACUGGCGGCGGCGGGCGUGCGCGCGGUGGCGCAACCCGUGCCCUGAGGCCCACGGCGGGUCCUGGAAGCAGAUGUACUUCGAGCGCAACCUGCAGGACGCGCUGGAGGGGUUCGGGGGGCCGGGCGGGGUGGGCGAGGAGGAUCUGAGGCGGCUGAUGACGUACUCGCGGCGGUUCGUGGUGCACCUGUGCGUACGGCGGCUGCCGUCCCACCUUGACCUGCAGAUCAUUUUCGAUGCCAUGGUGAACUCUCCGGCGGGGCUUUCCCUGUGCUACGGAAUGAAGGGGGUGGGGAUGGAGUACGAGCGCACACUUUUUGGUAUGAAGCUCUCAGAUUGCAGGUCGCUCGCCCGCGCCCUGGAGCGCACCGAGACGCUGACCUACCUGGACCUCAGCUCCAACCUGUUGGACGACGACAAGACACGCAUGCUGGCCUCCGGCCUGGUGGACAACAUAUCCAUCACGCACCUCGACUUGUCGCACAACAAGGUGGCGGACCGCGGAGUGCGGGCACUGGCGCGCGUGCUGGACGGUAGGAGCGUCGUGGCCACCUUGAGCUUGUACGACAACCAUGUGCACAGGGAGGGCGGCCGGGCUCUGGCGCGAGCGCUGCGCGGAAACAAGUCCAUCAGGGAUUUGAACCUGAGGCUGAACCGAUUGGGAGAAGAGGGAUGCCGGUCGGUGGUGGACGCGCUGAGAGCAAACGAAUCGCUACGGCGAUUGAACCUGAGUGCCAACGACGCGGGAGAGCUCACGGCGGAGGCCAUGAGCGCGGUGCUGCGCAGGAACACUGUGCUGGCGGAGCUCGACUUGAGCAGCAACGCGAUUGGCGAUGUGGGCGGAGCGGCCAUUCGCGCGGCUCUGGAGGAAAAUUCGGUCCUUAGGCGCCUAGACCUGAGAGACUCCGGAGUGGGGACGGACGAGGAGGCCGCCAUAGAAGUAGGUGGUUGGCCCGCGAAUUAA